AUGCUUAGCAAGUCCUGUGCGGCGGUGCGCAGGUCCGUGCCUGAUCUUUUUUACGCUACCGCAUCUGCCGCAUCCAGUCUCAUGUCGAAAAGUUGGAAUGAGCUCGUUGCUGAUUACAAUGGAAAAAAACUUUUGCAGUCACGUACAUGUAAAGUGUUCAAAUACCGCACCUGUCGUCGUGUGAAUGUUGAAGUAUGUGGUUGCAAUCGACUUGUACGUGAACAUAGUUUCGAUGAUGAUACAGCUGAAGUACAAACACGAAAACAAUUAGAUGAAUUGUUGAAAAAAAAAUGGAAUGAGAAUAGUCACACAUCAAAAGUCCCACUAUCCGUUUAUGGUGUUCUACCAAAUAAAUCUAAGUUUUUGCGAUGUGAUAAUCAAUCAAAACUUGAAAAUGUGUACAAAUUACUCGUGGAAGACUGCCAUCGACCAAAUUUGAUAAUGAGUGUUUACGGUGGAGCCAAAUAUUUUCAGUUAAAUGAACGUCUAGAAAAAAAGUUUAUGGAAGGGAUUGUUCAAGUGGCAACAGUGGCAGGUAGCUAG